GUUUGUAAACAAAACCACGAAGAAGACAUUUACUACCAGGGCACUUCAAAACAGUUAGCUUACGCUAGCUACCCCGCGAAGUUUUUAUUAAAAAAAAUUAAAAAAAAAGAAGAUUAUUUUGGCGUUUUGUUGUAAUUUUUUUCUACAGACUUUUCUCUAGUUAUAACAGAGUUAAACCAGCCUCUAUGGACUUGGAUACGUUUUUGUUAAUCGAAGGUGAACCUGUUCAGGUUCAUCUCUGAGUCUGAUGUCUGUCAGACGGGCUCUGGUGGAUUGUGCAGUGUUGUCUCUGCAGGAUUCCUGCGUGUUUUAUCCGUGCUGUAAAAGCUGCUUUUCACGCAUUGAUACCGAUCAGCUGGACACCACGACAAGGUGUCGGUGCUCCAGAUGUGGUUACAGGUGUCUGAGGGACCAGGUGGACUACAGAUACCGUCUCUCUCUCUGGGUGACCCGGGACAGCUGCAUUUUUGGUGUGACAGUGUUUGGAAACAGCUUGAACGCAUUUUUCGGCAUUCAUGCAAGUGAAUUACAAAAGUUAGUGGAACAUCUGGAGGGACCUGUAGAGCCAGCAACGAGGUCCAGACUGUUGGUGAAGGCUGUCAGAGACUGUUUCAUUGGAAGACAUUUCAUCUUUGUUUUGGAGAUGGCAGAGCUGCCGCCUCUCGGCGAGCAGGUCGCCGGAUCAAACCCCAGCUAG